GCUUCUGCUGCGAAAGUUGUCAGGUUCUCCACGUGGUAGAAGCUUGAAGAUCAAUCUAGAUCAGGAUUUCAUUACAAUUUUUCAGUUACAUUGAAGCAUAUAUAAAUUUAAAUGUCGUUUCGAGGAGGAAGAGGGAACGGCGGAGGUGGUAGAGGUGGAGGUUUCGGAGGACGUGGAGCUGGAGGAGGCCGUGGCGGACGCGGCGGUGGUUUUGGUGGACGAGGAGGUGGUGGUGGUUUUGGUGGACGUGGUCCCCAAGACUUUGGACCUCCAGAAUAUGUAAAGGAGUUAGGAUACUUCACUCACCCUUGCCAGGAUGAUCUGGUCUGUAGAUGUACACUUGAUGAUGUUCCAUAUUUCAAUGCCCCCAUCUAUCUAGAAAACAAGCAACAGAUUGGUAAAGUGGAUGAAAUUUUUGGUUCAAUCAAAGAGUAUUCGGUUACAGUGAAACUUAGUGAUGAUGUAAAAGCCAAAUCAUUUACGCCAAAUCAAAAGAUCUACAUUGACCCUGCAAAGCUACUGCCACUAGCCAGAUUUUUACCACAAACUGGAGGUGGACGUGUACAGAAACGCGGUGGAGGCCGUGGAGCACCUGGUGGCAGAGGCGGUCGUGGAGGAGGGUUCGGCCGUGGCGGUGGAGAUCGUGGUGGUCGAGGAGGUUUUGGUGGACGCGGCGGCGGUGGAUUUGGCGGCCGCGGCGGCGGAUUCGGUGGACGAGGCGGCGGUGGUGGAUUCGGUGGACGAGGCGGUGGUGGAUUCAGAGGAAGAGGAGGCUAAUAUGUUGACUGCUUGUUCAUGACGGAGAUUCGCUUUUGUUUCUAUUGACCAUAACUUUCUUUUAUAGGACUUCAAAUACAAACUGGAGACU